AUUUUCGGAGAGUUUCGCGGCGGAGCAACUACGGCGGCCCCCGACCGCUGGCUGACUGUGUGUGGCUUUCUAGGUAAACCUGCAGAUUGUGACUCUAGUCGAUUCCUGCUGAGCUUGUUCUUCGUCCGUCGUUGCCCACCGCCCGGAAAGCGGCAGCAGUAGCUGGUAGCUAAUCGUACCCACACCCGGCACGCAAAACAUCCGACGAUUGCGGCGGUGACAGUAGUGCAGUGGUGCAUAGGUGUGCGUGCGCAAAGAGAAUCGAACUGAACCGGUCUGGCUCGGCCCGCGCGAGCAUAGUAGCUGCCAGUAGCUUCCACGACAAACGUAAACAUUACGUCCUCAAACCGGAAGCUAUCGGACCUGGUGAUGGCGAAGCGUGCCGCCGGAUUUCUCAUAUUCCGUCGACUGCGGGAACGGAUCGAGUACCUGAUGCUGCAGGCGUCCUACGGGCAGCACCAUUGGUCCCCACCGAAGGGACACGUCGACCCCGGCGAGGACGACUUCAAGACGGCCCUCCGCGAGACUACCGAGGAGUCCGGCUACCUAGAAACUGAUCUCCGAAUUUUCAAAAACCAAACUCGCACCCUCGAAUACAAAGUGAAAGGCCACGACAAAGCCGUCGUCUACUGGCUGGCCGAGCUGGUUGAUCCGGCCAAGGAGGUCAAACUCUCCGAUGAACAUCAGGAUCUCAAGUGGCUCGAGCGGGACAACGCGAUAGAAAUCGCCGGCUACGGGGACUUUGCCGACAUGGUUCGACACUUUGACGACAAAAUCAAGCAAAACUACGACCAACUGUGAGUAAGUUGAGUUUCAUCUCAACCCAAUUAAAAUAAUCCUCUUAAUAAUAAUAUUGAUGAUAGCCUAGCAGAGACGAAGAAGAACGCUAAUAUUUAAAAAGAAACGAGUUUUCCUUUCCACUUUUGUCCCAUUACACACGCCUACAAACAUAUAUAUCUAUAAAUAUUGCUUUUUUUUGCACCGUAUUCGACCCCCUGCAGAAAUUUUUUGUCACACCACAAUUUGUUCCCACCAGUUUCUGCAUACAUUGGUUCGUUUCGCUGCUAGAAAUUUUAAGCAUCGGUCACACUUUUUGGGUGGUGCAUGGAAUAAUCGGUUUGUUUACUUGCUACUUUCUUUGGUGUUUGACGUGUGAAAAAAUAUUUUAGACGAUUGAACAUUUGCACGGUAAUCUAUAAAGCAAAGCAAGAUGCAAUAUUUAAAAUACAUUUAAAGGUAUAUUUAAAUAUAGGAGCGCAAGCAGCACACCAUGCGUCGCGGCAAGAGAACGUGUAUCAAUUUACAAGUUUUUAUCCAAUUAGCUUUUAAAAAGCCAGUCAGUGGCAGCAAUGUUUUAAGGAUAUCAGAGAUGGAACGGUCGACCUGGAUGGGAAAGGGAGAGCUGUUGGAAUCAGGAUCAGGGAAGGUACGCUACAUGAUUUGACCUAUAACCCGCCACGUAUAGGGGGAUUGUGACAAAUUUUGCUUGCGAAAAUAUUGAUUAAAAUUAAUACGCUACAUAUGUGACAAAACGAAAAUCUAAGGCUCAGUGAACGAAAUAAACGAAUGAAUUUCAAUGCUCCA